AGUAGUUGAAGCAGUUGUAGUUGUGGGUGGUGCACAUGGCCAGCCCACGCCUUCUCCACCUCUUAAAUGCUGUCCCCUCAUUCACUCCAGCCAGACAGCAACCAAACUGCUAACUGACGAGGAUUUCCUAUCAUGGCGACAGUCUCUCACUGUACACGCCUAGCCCUUCUUCUUCUGUUACCUAAUUUCCUGACUGUAUCAACGGCCACUCACGAUGACCUUGUAAUCGACACUAGGAAUGGCAAAGUUCAAGGGAAGUUGCUUUCAGUGCCGGGUGGUGAUGUUCGAGCAUUUUUGGGGAUCCCUUAUGGAAAACCACCUGUGGGGAAAAACAGAUUCAGCGCUCCAGAGCCAGUAGAGAGAUGGGAAGGGGUGAGGGAUGCCACCAAAUUCCCAAAUACCUGCUAUCAGGUGCCAGAUACAUCCAUUCCAGGGUUCAAAGGUACAGAGAUGUGGAACCCAAACACUCCUCUGAGUGAGGACUGUCUGUACCUAAACGUUUGGUCACCCCAGCCUAAGCCCUUAUCACUGGCUCCAGUCCUUGUCUGGAUCUAUGGAGGCGGGUUCACUUCUGGAACGUCCUCUCUGGACAUCUAUGAUGGCCGCUUCUUGAGUAAAUCUGAAGGCGUUGUUGUGGUAUCAAUGAAUUACAGAAUCGGAGCUUUUGGUUUCCUGUCUCUUCCCGACAACAAGAACUUCCAAAGCAAUGCAGGCCUGCUGGACCAGCGCUUAGCCCUCCGCUGGGUUGCCAACAAUAUAGCUUCUUUUGGAGGUGAUUCCAAAAAGGUGACUCUGUUUGGGGAGAGCGCUGGGUCAGCAUCGGUGGGCCUCCACCUUCUCUCCCCAGGCAGCCAGGAUCUGUUUCAAAGGGCUGUGAUGCAGAGUGGUGCUCCGAAUGCACCGUGGGCCAGAAUCAGCCAGGAUGAGGCCUGGCGCAGGUCCAUGAAGCUGGCGACGUUACUGGGGUGUCCCCAAUCUCCUCCAGCUGCUUUGGAAGCUUGUCUGCAGCAGGCUGAUGCUAAGGAAAUCACAUCGAAGCAACACGAUGUUUUCAUAAAGCCUUCAGCCAUAGCGUUACCCUUUGUUCCUCUUGCUGAUGGGGACUUCCUACCAGAUGAAAUCGAAGUGUUGCUUAGUACCGGUACCCUCCCAAAGAAAGAGGUGCUCUUUGGCUUAAACAAGGAUGAAGGGACCUAUUUCGUAAGUUAUGGAGUGCCUGGAGUUACCCUCAAUCAGAGUCUCGUCACCAGGAAUGAGUUCCAGAAAGGAGUGGCAAUGUUAAUGCCACAUGCAAGUGAUGUCACAAGAGAUGCGGCCAUUUUCCAAUACACUGAUUGGACAGAUGUGAAUAGUGGGACGAAAAAUCGCGACUCGCUGGCUAGUCUGUAUGGAGGACAAAUGUUUUUUUGUCCCGUGCUAGAGUUCGCUCACAGGUACUCACAACGUGGUGGUAAGUCUUUCCUCUAUCAUUUCGAUCACCGGUCGUCCGGCAAUCCUUGGCCAGAAUGGAUGGGCGUUAAUCACGGCGAGGAGAUAGAAUUUGUCUUUGGAAUGCCUCUGAAUGCAUCCCUGGGAUACACGAAGAAUGAAGUGAACAUGACCAAGAAGAUUAUGAAACACUGGGGCAACUUUGCCCGGACAGGGAAUCCAAGCAUUGAUGGAGCUAACUGGCCCGUGUUCACCCCUGAACAGCAGGAGUAUGUCACUCUGAACUACAACCAUCCAGAACAAAAGAAGAUGAUGAAAGCUAAAGAGUGUCACCUCUGGGGCACAGUAAUACCAAAAGUACAGAAACUCUCAGAUGAUCUGCUGACUUGUGUUAAAGCCAAUGGGAUUAUACUCAACUGUAAUUACAUCAUCCUCUUCAUUCUACUGGUUAUAACUUGGACCUAUUGAUACAGGGAAGAGACCUGCCUUCUACAGUAUACAGCCAUACACAACAGUUUACAGAAUAUAUAUAUACAUAAAAUAACCACAAUUCAUA